AACACGAAAAAAGCCAUCUGACAAAUAUUAUUUUAUCAUUAAUUUGUAUAUUUACAAGGUUAUUAUAAGAAAGCUGAUUAUUUUCUUAAUGUGAUAAUAAUACGGAAGUUAAAUACGAGUAAAUCACUAUAUUUGUAAAAGUAGUGAAGCGUGAAAAGAUGACUGAAUUAUGAGAAUAUUUUUGUGAAAUAUAAUGUUAUACAAUUGACUUAUUAUUUUUAUUAAAAUUAAAGAAAAAUGUCUUGGCUUAAAGAAUUAGCUGGUAGAGCAGAACAUUACCUUGAUAAAAUUGACCAAAAUACUGCUGUAGUUUUGCAAAACCAAAAAGAUAAACUUGUGAAAGAAGUUUUCAAAGUUUCACCAAAUGAAGAAAAUAUUACAGUUGAUAUUGAUACCAAACCAUCUUCAUCCAUUCCAAGUUCACCUAACUCUAAAUCUUCAUUAAAAAAAUCUAAGCAAGAUGCUAGAAUAUCAGAUGAACAUCUUCUGGAGUAUUUAAAUGGCCCAGAUGAAACUUUACAAACUCAGUAUGAAGGCUAUUCGACAGGAAAUUUAUCCAUUGAAUCAAGAUCCAUACAAUUAGCAGAAGAAAAUAUGAUAUUAAAAAAUGAAAUUAAAACUUUAAAUAAUGAAAUUUCUUUAUUUCAAUACAAACUGAAAUCUACUGAUAAAGAUUUAAAUCAAAUUGCUACUGAAUUAGAAAUUAAUAAAAGGCAUUCAGUGAAUCUAGAAAAAGAAUUAGAAGAAGCACAAAUCCAGUUGAAAAAUGUUCAAGAUGUCAUGAUUAGAUUAAAAAAAAAAUCUGAUUCAACUCGACAACAAGUAAAUAAUGAUUAUGAAAAUAGUAGCUCUGGAAAUAGUUUACUUGAAGAAAAUGAAAUCCUUAAAUUAGAAAUUUCAAAAUUAAAAAAAAAAAUUGAAAUAGAUGAAUUUAAAAAAAAUGAACUUGAAUCAGAAAAAUUAAAUUUAGAAACAAAAUUAAAUGAUGUCCAAUUCAAAAAUAAUUUCUCUACUCAAAAUGAACUUCAAUAUUUGAAUUUAAUUACCACAGAUUGUGAUGCAUUAAUAGCUAACUCAAGAUCUGAUUUAAAUAAUAUUUCAAAAAAUAUUAAAGAUAUUUUAGAUGAUUUAGAAGUUACUUUUGUACAAAUUACGAAUCCUGACAGAUCUUCCGAUAAAUUAGAUUUGGAACAAGCUAAAAAAUUAACCAAGUUAAAUUCUAUAAAAAGUAACUUACUUGCUAUUGACUGUGGACUACAAAAGACAUUGCAUGAUCAUAUAAGCUUUAAAGAACGGCUGGCUAAUUUAAGUUCAGAACAUAUAGCUCAAAAUAAAUGUUGCAGUUAUUCUAGUCAAAAAGAUAAUCUAGAACAAAUUAUAUCACUACAAAAUGCUCUUACCAUCAAACAAAUUGAAUUGGAUCAAUUAUCAACUGAUAAAAAAACCAUGGCUAUAAGGAUAGAAAGUUUAGAAGCUCGUUUGAAAAAAGAAACAAGUUUACUCAUUAAUGUUAAUGAUACUGAUGAUGCUAAAGCAAAAAUUCCUCAAUUUAUGUUAGAAAAUGCUUUUGAUACGGGUGUAGCAAGAAAAGUAAAACGUGCCUUUACUAGUUUGGAUUCCAUUGGCCUCAGGACAGGCAUGUAUCUUCGACGAUACCCAUUAUUGAGGACACUAUUAUUUAUAUAUGUGGUGACUCUUCAUUUAUGGGUUAUGUUAAUACUAUUUUCAUACACACCAGAAACUAAUUAAGCUUAAUAUAUUUAUGCUAAUAAUUAGUAAAAACCAAUUUUAUGUUAAUAUUAAAAAAAAUACUCAUUGAUUUUGUUAUUAAGAAUUAAUUUUUAUUAUGCAUUAUGUUAAAUAUUUUUUUACAAUUAUUUAGAAUAAAUCAAGGAACAGUUAUAAGUUU